AUGAAAUAAUAGAAUAGGAAACCCUACAGUAAGAACAAUCAACUCAUUAUGUAAAUUAGAGAUUUAGAUCCAUGGUUCAAAUUGAAAUCAUAAGGAACUACUGUGAUUUAAGAGAAAGAUCAUACUUAUCAUAAGAAGUGGAAAUCUGGAAAUAAAAGUGUAUCAAAAUCAAUCAUGAAUAUAACAAAUGUCAAGAAGAGUUAACUAAGAAUUGGAAUCCCUCAAAAAGAGUAAUUGAAGAAAGUUAUUAAUAAAUAUAUACCAGGAAGUCAUCUUGACCUCAAGAAAUAAUCACUUCAAUAACAGGGGGAACAACUGGAUCCUAAUCCUAAAUAAGAAGAACUGGAUAAUAAAUAAGAGUGA